ACUUAACAACCGGAGGCGGAUGUAAAACUAAACCGUCUUCGGAAUGAAGGCGUGGGUGGUGAAGUUAAUCAAUUGACAGGAAGGAGCACGAUACGCUCUUUGAUUCACUGCUCAUCCAUAACUGAGAUCGACGAAAGGGAGUGACGUCGCACAAGCAUAUAGUGGAGGCGAUCCAUCAUCGAUCAUGAGAGGAAUGGACGUUUCAUAAUUGAACUUGAAACCUGCGGCGGAAGAAUACAAGGAAUGGCAGCUUUCAACUUGAUGUCAACAGUCAUUGUUCUGGUGGUUGCGGUUAAGUAUAACACUCCAACAGCUGUGUCUUCAAAAUUCAUCGAUGAAUACAAAGAUCUGAUCAGUUUGCAAGAAGAAAAUGAAAGUUGGUCUGAAUGGUCCCCUUGCUCAAGGACAUGUGAUGGUGGCACAUCAUUUCAACUAAGAAAAUGUCACCAUUGCAUAGGACCAACUGUACGUUACCGAAUAUGCAACAUGCAGCCCUGUCCAGACGCCGUGGAAUUUCGUGAUCAGCAGUGCGCGGCAUACAAUGAUAUACCAUUUGAGGGAAAACUCAUGAGCUGGGUCGGUUACGGAGGCAGCGAAACUGAGCCGUGUGAGCUAUGGUGUCAAUCCGAUACAGGUGUCAUUGCGAAACUGGCACCGACUGUUAAAGACGGAACUCGAUGUCGACCAGGCAGCCUGGACCUCUGUGUCGGAGGGAUUUGUCAGAGAGUAGGCUGUGAUUUGGUGAUCGGAUCGGAAGCAAGGGUUGACAGCUGUGGUAUCUGUGGAGGAGAUAGCAGUUCCUGUACACAACCUUUGUACCAUUGGGUAGUUCAGUCAACUUCUCUUUGCUCAGUUACAUGCGGCACAGGGUACAAAAUGUCCGAAGUGAUUUGUAAAAAUGUGGUUACUGGAUCUGAUGUGGAUUCGAAGCUCUGUGAUGACUCUCAAAAACCUAAAACUCACAUGAUCGAAUGUAACACACAUGCUUGUCCUUCCAAAUGGGUGGCAACUUCUUGGGGAAGAUGUUCUGUCUCGUGUGGUAAGGGAAUGAGAAGUCGAACUGUAACGUGUAUGCGAAAAACGAAUUCAACAUCUGUGAAGGUUCCAGAUCACUACUGUAAGUCGCCAAAAUUAAGAGAAGUUGAGCCUUGCAACACCUUUCCGUGCCCGCCUCAGUGGAUUAUUGGGCAGUGGUCUGGGUGCUCUGUUUCUUGUGGCGGAGGUGUACAAAGGAGGGAAGUUAGUUGUGAUAACAUGGGAUCAGAAAAUAUGAUGUGUGACGAAGAAAUAAAGCCAGAAGCAAUCCAGACAUGUACAACAGGGAUUCCUUGCUCACCAGAAAACUCAUCUCCACCAUUAGAUAUAGAUGAAACUUUGAGGAUACUACACCCAUAUCCACCGUUUCGGCCUGUCGCUGAGAGACUGGUCAGUGACCCAAAAAUAUCAUCAGUAGCAUCGCCAGAGCCAAAACCCACAGUGAGAAUGUUCUUUGCGUGUGGAUGGUUAUAUGUAAGUUACAAAACGGAAGAAUGGAGUGAAUGUAGUGUAACUUGUGGUGAAGGCGUGCGCAGAAGAGAAGUGCUUUGCACGAUAUUUCUUGAAUUCUCAAGGACGUAUGCCCGUCUUUCUGAUUCACAUUGCCAGGGAACAAAACCAUCAGAAAUCGAGCCUUGUCACCUUCCACCAUGCCAUCAAAGAAAUUCUGAAAUAAGGGAUGGAUAUGGAGACAGUUCCUAUGCAGACAGAUAUCGACCACAUAGUGAAAACAGGCAGCCAUAUGGUGAAACUGCACCCAUAAAAGUAGCUCCUCAUAAGACCGGGAAAACAUACACCUGGAAAAUGCAAGGAUACACACACUGCAGUGCAAGUUGCCUUGGAGGCGUACAAGAAUCAAUAAUUAUGUGUGUGCAAGAAGAUGAUGACAAGGUUGUUGGACCAUUCCUCUGUCCAACAGAUUCUCGACCAGAAGCUUUAACAAAAACGUGCAAUGAUCAUCCGUGUCCUCCAAGGUGGAAUCACACUGAAUUCCAAGCGUGUUCCAAGCCUUGCGGCAUGGGAAUACAGACUCGCGAAGUUUACUGUAUUCAUGAAGUCACCAGAGGAGGCAGCAAUACAGUCAUAGUCCCUGAUCAUAUGUGCCCACAACCCCCUCCUACUGAUCGUCAGUCCUGUAAUGUUCUGGACUGCCCUGUUAAUUGGCAUACUUCUGAAUGGAGUAAAUGCUCUAAACGGUGUGGAGGCGGUGUUAAAACAAGGGUUGUGGAAUGUAAGCAAAUCAUGGCACAAAAUCAUAUUGUACCUCGACCUCCAUCACAGUGCCCGAAAAAUCGCCCGCCUGAUAGGAGGCCAUGUAAUACUAAACUAUGCCCUUCAGAAGAUCAACGACCCCCGAUAAUUGCUGCCAAUCAGACUUACGUACAGAAUAAUCCUGGGAAAAGGAAAGUCUUUUUAAAAAUUGGAGGAAAUGCACAGGUUUACCACGGAUCUUUAGUCAAGAUCAAAUGCCCAGUGAAAAAAUUUGAUAGGUCUAAAAUUCAAUGGGCAAAAGAUCACAAGUUAAUAACUUCAUCUAAGAAGUAUAAAAUAUCAAAGAAGGGUGCUUUGAGAAUCCAAGAGGCAAGCUAUGGCGAUACUGGAGUUUUUACUUGUUUAGCUGGUCGAUCGUCCGCUGAUAUAACUGUAACUGUCAAAGCGAGGCCUGGAGAAUUUCCAAGUUCAGAAGAAAUUGAAAAGCACACUGGGAAUCAAUUAGAUACUGCAAUGCGACCAAAUGGUGAUCUCCCUCAACGACCUUUUUUACAUACUAGCGAUGACGAGAGCCACGAGCAACACCCUAAUGAAUCAGCAAAUCCACAAAGGAAGCAAAAACAACCAGUUCCAACUCUCACUACAAGCCCUCACCAGCAGACAACGACGAAUGAUAAGUAUGUAGUGAUGUCGAGCACUGAAGCUGUUGAAACAAUACCACCAACAUCUUCAUCCGCUUCCCGAACAAUUCCACACAUUCAGCAAUUUAUUACUAACAUCCAGAAUGCUGUUGGUUUUCAGAAGUUAAGCGGUUUGCGGAUAGUGAGGGAAGAACCUCCUUUCGAAGAAGACGUUCCUUCUCUUCUUGAUGCAGAAACAAAUAAACAAUUAAUGUUCGAAUGGUCAAUGACUGAAUGGUCUCCUUGUUCAAUUUCCUGUGGAGGAAAUGGUUUUCAGAUGCGAACUGCACAUUGUACAGUUAAACUAAAUAACAGUACAAAUAAUGUUGAGAAUAAGCUCUGCUUAGAAGCUGGGCUACCAUUUCCCGAGAUAAAACGUAACUGUGGUUCGAUUAUUUGCCCAUUUUGGGUCCCUGGAGAAUGGCAACUUUGUUCAGAAGCUCGCUGUUUUACUUACAAUACAGCAAUGCAAAGACGAGGUGCUGAUUGCCAAACAGAUAACGGCACAAUCCUUGAAGAUUCCUUCUGCAAUGAACAAACAAAACCGAUUCUCCGGCAGGAAUGUUUCAAUGACAAAUGCAAAGGAACAUGGAAAGUAGGGGACUGGUCUGAGUGUGCAGCCGCGUGUGAUGCGCAAGGGGUCAAAUAUAGAAUAUUGCAGUGUGUGUGGUUUGGUACGAAGAAACCAGCGGGAAACGCAUGCCGCGAUAUUCCACGACCCCCUGUGAUGAAAAUGUGCAAAGGCCAGCCAUGUACAGAUAACUCUGAAUGCACAGAUCAUUCCAAAUAUUGCCAAAAUAUACGUGCCAUGAAUAUGUGCCGCAUGUAUAGAUACCAAACUCAAUGUUGCCAAUCAUGUAGCAAUAGUAAGCAUUAAUGUUUGCUUAGGUUAAUAAUGUAAAUAAAAUACAUAUUAAAAUGUGUAUUGUAAAUUAGUAAAUAUAAUGCUGAAUAUUCUUUUCAUAAAAAGAGAUUUAACUUUAAUGAAUUAUUAAAGAAAUGCACAAAAAAACAUUAGCUAUACACUCGUGUUUAUUUUAAGUUUUAUAAGUUUGUACACUAAAUGUAAAUAAGCUAAAUUCAUAAUGUCAGUACAUCUUAUAAUUAUUUUAUAAUGAAUCAAUGAAGUAUUAAAACAAAUACAUAAGAAAAUUAUCCUUUUUUUUCUUUGUAUAAGUAUUGUAUCUUAUAAAAAUUAAUUUAAAAAGUCACUAUCAUAGUACCUGUUGAGCUGUAUUUAAUGUUACAAUAACAUUAUUUAGGUUCCAAUGGAAAGGUGUUAUUCAUUUAAAAAAACACUACGUCUUUGUAAAUUGUUGAUUAUUAACUGAACGUCCAAAUUUAAAAAAUGUAAAUCCAAAUUGCAAUGCUUUUAAUUAAAAACAUUAUAAUUCACAUGUUGUGAAUAAUUGUAAGUGCUUUUAAGUGAGGAGCCAUCUACUUAUUAGAUCAUCUCUCAAACUAUCCUGACAUUUACUGCAAAGUAUAAAUUUUUUUUUUACAUUUAUCGGAAUGAAGCCUGAAAAAAAACACUUAUGAAAUUGUACACUUAAAAGUAAAACAGUAUAAUCCUAUUUAUAAUGUCUCAUUUAGCAGGCUUUUCUAUCAAGUUUUUUUUAUUAACACAUUUAAUUAUAUACAUAUAACAAAUAGCCAGUGUGUGCAAAAUUGAUCAUAAUUUGGUUUAUUAGCGAAAAAAAAUAACAAAAACGGAUUUUUAUGCUGUUGUAUGCUGAGACACAUUUUUUGUUAUUUUUUACUCUUUUUAAACAAACUUAAUUGACGAAUUAAUGAUUUAACUUCAAUCUAAU